AUGCAAGUCCCAGCAUUACUCUUAGUAUCGACUUGGUUCAGCUUCACAUUUGUUUUCUCUGCUUUCUCAUUUCUCCAUCUGAGAAGCUUACUGCCGAACUACAAACGUGCCGAACACAUCGACUUCUUCCCGUUCCCAGCCAAUAAAUCUUCACUCUCUGGCAAAUUCACCCAAGUAUCACAGAGGUCGAACCCAAGAAGUGAUGACGAAGCAAAACUGCUUGCGAACGCACAAACGAACCUAAUCGACGGUUACGAAUACAACAUCGCGCAUACUCAGUGGCUGGGCAAAGAUUGGAACACUGCAGGAAGUGAGGACCCCUACUUUUAUGACUACCGCGGAUUUAUUAGCGACAAUUUCGCCCGUCUUGAUCGGCUAAUCCACGGCAUCUCUGAGGCAAAGGAGUCUAUCUACUGGUACUGCAACGACGUAGGGCAUCAGUGUACGGAUACCACAUAUGCGUAUUCAUGGGAUGGUCCUGAAAAUCGCCAUCACACCGUUUUCUGUCCGGCUUUCCAUAAACGUCCAACACUCGCGGAUCAAAUCACUAAACAUGCAAAUGAUGUAGACGAGCAGAAAGUUAUAGAGAACUUUCAGUUAAGCCGUGGCCAGAUUAUGUUUCAUGAGAUAUGGCACUAUGGGUUUGUAUCGUAUCCUCGUGCCGGCGACUACGCAUAUCUGGCGGAGGAGGUGUGGGCUUUGUCUCAUGUUGAUAAGGGUACGCUGUGGGCGUAUAUAAAUGCUGAUUCGUACGCUCUAGAUGCUGUUGCUAUCUAUGUACAUCAGCAUUACAAUAGUAGUAUGCCACCGGUACCUUUUGACGUGCUUCGUGGUAUCGACAGCGCUGCCACUGCUGGUAUGACUCCGCCACAGAAAGAAAACGCAGAAGCAAAGACCUUAGCAGAUAAAUCACCACCUGGCUGGGUGACACCGAAUCCUUCCAUCUGGUUGGAACUCGACAGCGAGAAUCCAGCAGCGCCUCCUAAGCUAGACAGGAAUGUCUGUCAUGGAAUCAGCGGCGAGUAUUGGGCAAAGGACCGUGACGUCGUAAUCCAGAACUCGCGAGAAUUUUGUAAACAGACGGAAUCGACAAAAGAGUAUAAUAACAAUACCGUCGAUUACCUAGAACUGACCGCGAAGAAGCUCGGCGACCCCUCAAAAACCCCCAAAGACGAUCCAGGAUGUGCAGCGCGCUUUCAGCUGACUGUCAUUGAUGGUUGUGAUGGCGGAGACGUGGUCAACAACCCUCAAAACCACAAAUACGGGGGAACAUUCACGGCAGGCGAUAAAUGGGAGUACAGUAUGACGCCAAAGGUGAGGCAGCUUACUGCUGUUGACUGUACCAUUCAUUUUGACGGGAAGGGAGAUCGUUUCGAGAUCCGCGGUAGGAAUUUUCCUUCUGGCAAGCUGGGCCUGAACGGCGAGGGGCUUCGGAAACAGAUGGGAAGUUGUAAGGGUUUGUUUGGAUGGAAGUUUGAUUGGACGCCUGAUGAUUGCUGCUGGGAAUGGUACGCGAGAGGAUGGAUGAUUGUCCAAGUAAAGCAGUGUCCUAGCCACGCAGUUAGAACCGCUGGUGCGCCUUCAGAUGCAAAUUGCCGACGCUACGGUAUUGGCGGUAAGGCAAAACUGAUUAAAGGCAAUGAUAGUGCAAGUGUCGACGACGUGGCCUAG